CACCAUCAGCUCAAUUGAGAGAGGCACGAAGCUUCCGCUAUUUGUUUCCUCCCCUUUGGGGAAAAAAAAAUCAAUAAUGGACGCCAAAACCACCACCGCCGAUAAGCCAAUCAAGAAACGACGGCAGGCGGAAUCGGAGGAGGAGACGAGACCGGCUCGGGCGGCGCCGCCGGAGGAGGAGGUGGAGGAGUUCUUCGCGAUACUGAGGAGGAUCCACGUGGCCGUCAAGUACUUCGAGAAGAGCGGGGCGGAGGCCGGCAGCCUGCUGAGCGGGAAGAGAUGGAGGCCAUCCUUCGAAAAGGAGGAUUUCGUGGAGAUCGAUGACGUGGCGGUUGGUGAGUGUGGCGAAGGAGGGAAUUAUAAGGAAGCGGCGGAGGGGGAGGUGGAGGUGGAAGGAGCGGGUCUGGAUCUCAACUCGGAUCCUCCGCCGGAUUUAACAAAUGAUGACCAAGCUAGCUAGUCAAGCAAUUGAAGGGAGGAAAAAACGCAGGACGAUCGACGCCGGCGAUCGAGUACUACCUCAUCUAUUGUGUAAAUUUCUAAGAUUAAAAUACCGUAUCGGUGGUUCGACCUGAAAAAAUCUUCUACCAGAAACAUAAUCGGUAAGCAGUAUUUAGUGGUAUAAUACGGUUGAAUCAUGAUUAAACCAUGGUUUUAGCAUAAAAUACUCUACCGCUGACUUUUCCAGUACGACUUCCGGUACGAUAUUUUCAAUCCUUGCAGUCUAAAUUUUAGUUUAUUGCUAUAUUUUUUCCCAUUUGUUGGAUGAUUUUCUAUUUACUAAUUUGCCGAUCAUCUUCUAAUCAGAUACAUGUUUCAGUGCUUAUGCAUUGAGAUCCACUGAUCCAGCAAGCACAAUAUAAUAAUUCCGUCUGGAGAAUUCUUUUUUUCCUUGUCUUGUUUUGUUUGGUGUGGUUUCGUUGUGAUACUAUUAAGAAAAUGAUAUAAAAGCUAAACUUUGCUAGGAGGGUAAUGUGUUGUUUCUGGGAAGAAUCGCGAGUCGCGACGAAUCACGAAUGACUUUGAUUUCCCUCCAUUUCAUUAAAUCUAAUUAUGUUUAUUUAAUUGGGAUAUGGUGCAAAUAGCCAAAUAGGGAUGACAACUUUGCCCAUACCCAUGGGUUUCUCACUAUCCAACCUAAUUGGGUUGGGUAUGAAAUCCAAAUAGAUGGAUAUGGGUAGAGUUUGAUGAGUUUGUACCCAUAUCCAUUUACUUUGGGUUGAGUUGGGUUUAUAUCAAAUAGAUUUGGGUUUGUACCUAUGCCCAAAUACAAAUUACAGUUUGGUACCCAAACUUAAUAGACAUGCAUAUUUAGUACCUAAAUUUAAUUUUUUUUGCAUAUAAGUCCUCAAAAUAUCGAUGGAAAAUUACGUUUUGGUACCUAAAUUUUUUUGGUCUUACAUUUUGGUACCUAAACUUUUCAAGAUUUGCAAAUAGGUCCAAUUUUUGCAUGUGUAGUUAAAACACCCUCAAGUAAAUGGAUAUCCAUAUCCAACUCAUACCCAUUUAGAUUAUGGAAGCCCCAAACCCAAACCAAUCUAUAAACCCCCAAUCCAUAUGCACUUCACCCAUACCCAACCCAUUAUCAAUGGGUCUACUUGGGUUUGGGUAUAAUUACCCAUGGGUGGGUAAUUUGCCAUCCCUAGGUGCAAACUUUUAUGGUGGUUUUGCAUGACAACCUACAUCUUAACAAUUCAUUCAUUAUUUGAUCGAGUAGAUAUGAGUAAAGGAUAUACAAAUUAGAGAUUAGUAGGUUAAAAUUGAUGGUAUGUGAUAUAAUAUCAAUAAAUCUCUUCUAAUAGUUCAAGUAAUUGUUUGGAAGAAGUUAUUGUUUAUCGUUGGCCUUUAUUGUAGAAUCAGUCGAGGCCCCGAGAGGUAGUGGCUUCCCCUGUGGCAGAUGUCAGCCGUUCGAGAGCUUUCUGUUACUGAGAGUCCUUUUGAUCGAAUCUCGACGACCCUCAUAUGUUAAGUACAUAGGUACCAACCCGGAGAAAUUCAUUAGCAGGUUGGAUUGGGUCUUGGUUUUGUCAAAAUUCAAGCAGCUUUCCAUCUGUCCCGCAUCCUAAAAGCAAAACGACGUCAUUUUAUAUCUACCAUGAACAAUAUCGAUGUUAUUUCUCUUUAUGUCAAUAUAAAACUAAUUUAUGA